CGCGAGGCGGCGGCGGCGGCGGAUCCGGAUCCGGAGAAUUCAGAAUUGGCGCCUCUGGGAAGUUUCGUUUGCAGAUGCUUCGAGUAUUGUGAGCAGAGACUUAUUUGGAUUAUGUGUUUCUCGGGUAGACUAAGUAAAUACUAGCAAUGGAUAAAUGCAGACACAUUGAGCAGUUGCAGCUUGCUCAAGACCAUUCCAUCCUCAACCCUCAGAAAUGGCACUGUGUAGACUGCAAUACAUCAGAGUCUAUUUGGGCAUGCCUCAGCUGCUCUCAUGUUGCCUGUGGACGAUAUAUUGAAAAGCACGCAGUCAAGCACUUUGAAGAAAGCAGUCAUCCUGUUGUUCUGGAGGUGAAUGAGAUGUAUGUUUUUUGUUAUCUCUGUGAUGAUUAUGUUCUUAACGAUAAUGCAGCCGGAGACCUGAAAUUACUACGAAGUACACUAAGUGCAAUCAAAAGUCAAAAUUAUCACUGUGCCACUCCUAGUGGACAGUCUACAGAUACAAGUGAUGAUUCUUACUUCUUACCUGAUGGCACCCAAUCUAUGCUCCAAAAUGAGGAUCGGAUGUGCACUGCUCUUUGGCACAGGAGGAAGAUGCUCAUGGGUAAAGUCUUUCGAACUUGGUUGGAGCAGUCACUCAUUGGGAAAAAAAGGAUUGCUCAAGAAAAAUUUCACGAGAAAGUGGUAGCAAAGAAAGAAGUGAAGAAAAGACAUCACGAAUUAGACCAUCAAGGGAAAACAGAAUUGGAAAGUAUGCCUCCACGAAAGAGCUUGCGUUUACAAGGGCUGGCUCAGUCCUCCACAGUAGUAGUGGUUCCUGUUCAAGCACCAUCACAAACUCCAGCUUCACCAGCAAAAGACAAAGUGCUAUCUACCAUAGAAGUUAAGCGAAGGCCAAUGAUAACUCCUGGUGUAACAGGAUUGAGAAAUUUGGGAAAUACUUGCUACAUGAAUUCUGUUCUUCAAGUAUUGAGUCAUUUACUUAUUUUUCGACAAUGCUUUUUAAAGCUUGACCUGCGCCAAUGGUUGGCUGUAACUACUAGUGAUAAACCAAGAUCAUAUAAGCAUCUGCCUAUCACAGAUUCAGUAGUGUAUCAAGUGAAUAAAGGCCAAGAGAAGGAUAGAAGCUUGGUUUGCUCCAGAUAUCCAAGUUUGCCAUCAGGACUGAGUGGUGGAGCAUCAAAAGGCAGAAAUAUGGAACUUAUUCAGUCAAGAGAACCAAGUUCACAAUACAUUUCUCUUUGUCAUGAAUUGCAUACUUUGUUCCAAGUCAUGUGGUCUGGAAAGUGGGCCUUGGUUUCACCAUUUGCUAUGCUACAUUCGGUAUGGAGACUAAUUCCUGCUUUCCGGGGCUAUGCCCAACAAGAUGCUCAGGAAUUUCUCUGUGAACUUUUGGAUAAAGUACAAUAUGAAUUAGAGACAACUGGUACCAGGUUACCAGCUCUUAUCCCCUCUUCUCAAAGGAAACUUAUUAAACAAGUUCUUAAUGUUGUAAAUAAUAUUUUUCAUGGACAACUUCUUAGUCAGGUUACAUGUCUUGCAUGUGACAACAAAUCAAAUACCAUAGAACCAUUCUGGGACUUGUCACUGGAAUUUCCAGGAAGAUACCAAUACAGUGGAAAAGACACUUCCUCCCAGCCAUGUCUAGUUACUGAAAUGCUGGCCAAAUUUACAGAAACUGAAGCUUUAGAAGGAAAAAUCUACAUAUGUGACCAGUGUAACUCAAAGCGUAGAAAGUUUUCUUCAAAGCCAGUUGUACUCACAGAAGCCCAAAAACAGCUUAUGAUAUGUCACCUUCCUCAGGUUCUCAGACUACACCUCAAACGAUUCAGGUGGUCAGGACGUAAUAACCGAGAGAAGAUUGGUGUUCACGUUGGCUUUAAGGAAAUCUUAAACAUGGAGCCCUAUUGCUGCAAGGAGACAAUGAAAUCCCUCAGACCAGAAUGCUUUAUCUAUGACUUAUCAGCUGUAGUAAUGCAUCAUGGGAAAGGAUUUGGCUCAGGACAUUACACUGCCUACUGCUAUAAUUCUGAAGGAGGCUUCUGGGUACACUGCAAUGACUCCAAGCUAAGCAUGUGCACUAUGGAUGAAGUAUGCAAGGCCCAAGCUUAUAUCUUAUUUUAUACCCAGCGAGUUACCGAGAAUGGAUAUUCUAAACUCUUACGUGAGCUCCUGUCUAGUAACCAACCUCCCAGUGAAGAAGCUGAUACCUCUUCUAAUGAAAUCCUUAGCUGAUCUAAAGACAGUGGGGCUUUCUUCUUGUGAUUUGUAUAUAUCUUUUUAAAAGGGCUGACUUACAAUUUUGAGCUUCAUUGUUUUUUAUACUUACAAAUCAGUGCACACUACAUUUAUACAUUUUUGUAUUUAACUACAACAAAACUUUUUUACAGAGACAAAGUAUAAAUAUAUGUAUGUCAUCUGUGGGUAACUUAGGUUUUUACAAGUAUUUGGGAGUUUUAAACUUUGUGUUUACCUCAGACUAGUGCUACCUCUUUAUAUUUUGAUAUCUUAAUUUGCCUCAGAUCAUGAAUUGUGCAACCCACUGAAGAAAUUCAGGUGACAUCAUUUUAUAUACAUUUGAUAUUUCUUUUGUAGCUAUUUUCUAUAAAUUCUAAAUAGAAAAUUAGACACUUAUGUCUAAACUCUCACCCCUCCCACACACAACAAAACCAAUUCUUUUAGGCCAUUUGUAUAUUGAUGUCACCUUUGCUCCUUAAAAGGAAGUUAAACUGGAAUAUUGACAGUUAUAUUCAAGGUGUUACCUGAAUACCAAUCAGACUGAUAUUCCUGAGGCUUUGUACACCAUGGGGCUGAAUUUGGUUAGUGGAAUUUGACUUAAAAAUGUAUUGCUCUACAAACUUAUUUGGCAUAGUCAAACUAAAAUGGCAGAUUUACAAAUGGUUUAUUUAAAUGAACUUUGGAACUGUGUACAUUAAAAAAAAGUGGCUAGGACUUACUGAUGAUUUGUUUGCAGCAUUAAGGUUCUAAAUAUCAUUAGCAAGCCAGUAUACUAUACAAGUAUAGCUUAUCUUGGAUAGUUACGUUGAUAAUAUUAGACCUCUUAAAGCAAGCUGUGUAGCUUGAGAUUUUUAGUUCAAAGAAAUCUUGAAGAGAAAAAGCACAGGACCAAGAUUACUGUUCAAAACUGGUACCUAAGCUAUACACCUGGCAUGUUACUGCUCUAAAGCCUGGCUCAUUUAUUAACUCUUGCUAAGAUUAUGUGACUACUGGGAACCUUAGAAAAACGAGCAUCAAGCCAUUUUUAAAAACAUUAAAAAUCAUAUAAAACCUCUUAUUAAAUACAGCAGGACACUCUUUGCUCUUCUGUAUCUCACCCUAUCUCUAAAAGUCCUACUGAUAACUGAAUUUAGAAAGGGGAGACUCCACUAACUUCUAUGGAUCAGCUGCAUUAAUCACUGGAAGAUCAUUUGUCCCUUUUUUCUUGAGUUUAUUUACAGCUUGAAAUAUCCUGGAGAAUGCUAUUCACCGCUAGUGGUCAUCUGUAUUGUCAAGUGUAAGUUUGAAAGGAAUGUCUAUUAUACCAGUUUUGAGUUUCAGAUAAGUUACCAGGGGCAACUGAUAGCAUGAUAUCACUGAACAAAUGACUUGUGCCAAAAAUACAGCUGGAGUAUUAAAUGGCUAGGCUUGAAAAUGCUCAUUUACUGAAGACCUAUGUAAAUUGUUAUCUCAACUGUUACAACUCAUUAAAGAUUUAUGCGGUCAAAAUGCCUGAGUCUAGCCUUUAAUUUUAAGGAUU